GCAUAUGAAAAGGAUAUAAGCGAGUGCAUGCGUGAGAGAGGGCGACAGCGGUUACGUAGUUCAAACAGUGACUCGAGAUUGGUUGAAAUCCCAGAUGAACACUCCUUAGCCAUCCAUGGAAGAGGUGUGCAUUUACCCCAAACUGCCCCAACGGUAGUUCAACCACCCUUAACUGGCGAGAAGUUAUACAGAUUCAGCACCCUUGAACUCCCAGACCUCCCAGUAGCGAUGACCGACACCAUGUUUGGCAGUGGCAAUGACCAGUGGAUCUGCCCCAAUGACAGACAGCUGGCUCUGAGGGCAAAGCUUCAGACUGGCUGGUCUGUGCACACAUACCAAACAGAGCGGCAGAGGAAGAGUCAGAGUCUUCAGAAGCAAGAACUGGACAUCAUUCUGAGUGUGAUCCGCAGAGCUGAACAACUUGAUCAGGUGGAGCAGCACAGGAUCGGACGUCUAGUGGAGCGGCUGGAGAACAUGUGCCGAAGCGCGGUGGGGAACGGCCUAUCCCAGUGCCUGCUGUGCGGGGAAGUGCUGGGGCUGCUGGGGGCUCCAUCCGUGCUGUGCCAGGAUUGCUCUAAGAAAGUGUGCACUAAGUGUGGCGUGGAGACCGUGUCCAGUCAGAGGAGACUCCAGUGGCUGUGCAAAAUCUGCAGUGAACGACGAGAGGUGUGGAAACGCUCGGGGGCCUGGUUCUACAAAGCCCUGCCGAAGCAUGUGCGGCCCAUGAAGGAGCGAGCCAUCGAGAGCAGGAUGUCAACGGAGGAGAGGAGCGACCCCAAGAUAGCCAGGAGUUUGCCAGUCAACUUUACCUACAAAUGGGCACAAAGCAAAGUGGUGUCCAGUGAGAGUGAGGACAGCGACUCAGAGGUCAGCGUUUGUAGUGGGGAGCCCAAGGCCUUCACUUCUGACUUCCAGCCACGGAGAGGAUCAGAGUCCAGCGGCGGCUCCAGCCUGGCUCCGGUCCAGCCUUCCAUCAGCCUCAGCCUUGCCGUCCUGUCCGAGAGCCACUCCAGCCUGGCUAGCGAGCACAGCAGCCUCCCACCGGCCCCCGAGGACGAGGACACCGACCACAGCCGCCUCUCCCACACACCCCCGGCCCUCAGCCGCACCGGCUCUCUGCGCUCCUCUGCCGCCAGCCAGCAGUCUGACGGGCCCGCCGCCGCCGCCGCCGGUGACCAGCCGCCAGGCGAUGAGGACCUGGACCGAGCCUUCGCCGGGGGUGCCACCGCGCCACCCGCCAGCAAGAGGGACGAGGAGCCGGAUGUAGAGGGCUACGACUCGGACGACUCCACUACUCUGGGUACACUGGACUUCAGUCUACUGUAUGACCAAGAGAACAACGCUCUCCACUGCACCAUCAACAAAGCCAAGCUUCCUAUCCCCCGGUACAGAAAGGGACUCAAACCAAUGGAUCACAAUGGGCUCUCGGAUCCCUAUGUAAAACUGCACCUGCUGCCUGGGGCUAGUAAGGCCAACAAGCUCCGGACCAAGACCCUUCGCAACACCCUCAACCCUGUUUGGAGUGAGACCUUGACCUACUACGGCAUUACUGAUGAGGACAUGGUCCGCAAAACACUCAGGAUUUCAGUGUGUGACGAGGACAAGUUCCGCCACAAUGAAUUCAUCGGAGAGACUCGGAUUCCCUUGAAGAAGCUGAAGCCCAACCAGACAAAGAACUUCUACAACUGCUUAGAGAAACAGCUGCCUAUUGAUAAAACAGAUGAUAAGUCCCUGGAGGAGAGAGGAAGGAUCAUGAUCUCGCUGAAGUACAGCUCUCAGAAGUCUGCCUUAGUGGUGGGGAUUGUGCGCUGUGCCCAUCUUGCUGCAAUGGAUGCUAAUGGCUUCUCAGACCCCUACGUUAAAACGUACUUGAAACCAGAUGAGAACAAAAAGUCAAAGCACAAGACUGCUGUCAAGAAGAAAACCCUUAAUCCCGAGUUCAAUGAGGAGUUCUUCUAUGACAUCAAAUAUGCUGACCUCACCAAAAAGACACUGGAAGUCACUGUCUGGGAUUAUGAUAUUGGGAAGUCAAAUGAUUUCAUAGGUGGAGUGUCGCUGGGUAUCAAUGCAAAUGGGGAGAGGCUGAAGCACUGGUUCGACUGUCUUAAAAACAAGGACAAGAAAAUUGAGCGCUGGCACACUCUAACCAAUGAACUUCCUGGUUCUGGAAUGAACGAUUGAAGACUCCUCAAACAUUGGCAUUCAUGGAGCAAAUGUCCCUCGUUGUGUUGAUGUGAGCCCAGUCUUGACAGACAUGAUUACUGGUUCAGAGGCUCCCAAAUUCAUCAUCUUGCUCUCUUCACAUUGUUUCUGUAUAGUCUGAUGUCAGGGCUCAGCAUAGGUCCACACAACCAUCAUGUCAUCAGAAAUACAUAGAGUACACCUUUUAACAGACAAGGCAUGAUGUCAGCAGCCCCCCAGCCCCAGCCCUCCCCUUCCCCCGCUCUCAACUGAUCAACUAUUAGAAUGGUUUACCUAACUUCAGAACUCUGCUCCAGUUCCAUCUGUUGUUUACACACGAUGUACAGUAGGCUACAGUUCAACACUCCUCCGUUGCUUGUUAGAAGUACGUUGGAUGUGGACUUGAGAAAGCUCUGUGAUUUUUGUAUGCCUCCGUGGUUUUGCACUGGUCAUGUUCCUUUCAGUCAGUCAGUUGUCAAAAAAAUUAAGUGAUCAAGAUUUAUUGGGUUCCGUUUGUUUUAUAUCUUUGAAAAAAAAAAUUGUGAAGUAUCUUGUUGCUUUAAUGUUUUUGGUUGUUUUUAAGGUAGAGUAGAAUGUAAGAACCCUGUCAAUAUACAAAAUAUAUUAAAUGAAUGUAAAUUAUUCACCACUUUUUCUAUGGUAUCUGAGUGUGCACCCAAGUGCUGUAUGUAACAGGGAACAGAGCACACAGACAUUCUAUGUGAAAAGCAGUGUCAGUGAAGGUAUACGUAUUACAGGUGAAGGUAUACACAGGUAUAUACAUUACAAUUUCUAAAUCACAAAAUUAAAUAUAUACCACAACAUAGCUAUGAGCUUGUCAUUAAAAAUGUUAGACACAAAGCCAUGCCCAGUGUAUGUAAAGGAAAGUGCACAUGAUCCAUAUGCCAUAUUUUACACGGCAUUGGCUUGGCAUGACCACCAUAACGUACACAAUCUUAAUGUGCCAAGGUCCCAAUGGAGAGCUCCUACUGGGUUUAAAAUUAUUUGUAGUUUGUUCAAAUUUGAACUGUUUAAGAAACAAUAAAUAGAGGAGAAGUGGACAGCCAUGACUGACAUACAUAUUCAUCAUGUAAGUAUUAUUUCUUCUGUUCUUUUGGUUUAUGUGAGUGUAGGCACUGUGUUUGUUGAUAGUAACAAAUAUCAUGUAUUAACUGUUCAUUUAUUCGUCAGCUUCUCUGUCACUAUUGUUAUAUUCCUAGAGUUUAGACUGCUUAGCCAUUUUAGCGUCCACAGUAGAUAUACAGUAGCUACACAAUACAUACAUGCUCUUGGGUUUUGGUUUCUCUUUUUUUGUAGUUGUUGUUCUAGUUAUAUUUUUACCUUAUCUGGUCAGGCUCCUAUCUCUUACACUAUCAAACAGCAUGGAUACUGAAUAGAAUGGUUAGGUAUGAGCUGCAUGGGCUGCUAAGCCAGAAUGGCAGCACCACAUUAUCGCCAGCCUUCAUUUUAAUUGCUUCGAGCACUGCAAAGCCCAAGCUGAGCUCCAGUCUGCAGGAUGUCUGUGAGCCUGCUCCAUACUACAGACCUUUCUGUCUCAAUGCAUAUUCAGUACAACAGCCACACCUGUGACACUUUUGUAAUCUAUUUGCCUUUGUACUCAAUCUCCAAAUUACAAAAUGCAUGCAAUGUUCAUGGUUUGUCAUAAAAUGGCUUAAUGUUUGAUACUGCUGGUUUUUCUGUGAAAAAAAAUCUGGAUGCUACAAAGAAUGUCAGUGUCUUUUCUUGGACAACGUUUUUGUACCUUUAAACGCUACUGCAUUGCCCGCCAGGCUGCUGUAUUAACCGGAGAUGUGACUGCAUGUGAAAAGUCUGUCUCCGUUUUGUUCCUUUUUUAACACUCAGGCAAUUGUUUGCAUAUUCUAGUGGUUCUCUGAUGAAAACAAAACAAACAAAUGUACUCUCAACUCACCUUACUCUUGCACCAAUUCUGGCUGAAUUAUUGUGCCUUUUCUUAUGUAAGUGUGAUUUUGCACCACUCACUUUACAAUAAUUCCUAGGACUAUACUAGCUUUUAAUAUGGAAAUUAUACGUUUGACAUAUUUCUAUUCCUGUCUCAAUAUUUGCCAUUCAGUGACACAUUACCAUUGUGUCACUGCACUGUGUGUUGGCGGCAUUGAUGGUAUAGGUGCAAGGCUGAAGUGAGGAGAAGACAGAUCCUGGUUUCUGGUAGAUGAUGGGAAGCAGUAAGUUGUCAGAUAAAUAUAUCAAGUCCUCUUGUAGCCUAUUUCAGCAUAGCAUAGACAUAUAAGCUACGUCAAUUUGAGUAAUGAACAUGUCUAUGGGCAUAUGGAUAUUCUCCAAGUACACAAAACUUGACAAAAUCUCACUAUCACAUAGGUAAUACACAAUAUGGCUGAACAAUCAGACAUGAAUCACAACAAAAGUGCUCUGUCAGAAAGCUGAAUCUGAUAUUUUCAUUAUAAUGACCUGUUCAGAGUAUUAUAUUUCUUUUUUGUGAAUGGUGUGCUAUUUGUUUCACAACAGAAACCUGUGUCUAAUAAAGUAGAGAACCAAUAUAAGGAG